ACUUCCUGUUUUAGACUUAGGGAGGCAAACAGAGAUCAGAGGCUGCCGGCUAGCACAAACUGAGGACAUCUUUCUGCAGAACCUACUGAGCUGGGAUUCAGCUUUGGCCACUAUGGGUUCUGUGAAUUCCAGAGGUCACAAGACAAAAGUCCAGGUGGUGAUCAUGGGCUUGGACUCAGCAGGCAAGACCACACUCCUGUACAGACUGAAGGGCUACCAGCUGGUGAAGACGGUACCUACCAUCGGUUUCAACGUGGAGGCUCUUGAAGUUCUGGGAUACACACCUCUGAUUCUCUGGGAUGUCGGGGGGCAGGCCCAGCUCAGGCCCAGCUGGAAGGACUACCUGGAAGGCACCGAUAUCCUUGUGUAUGUGCUGGACAGCACAGAUGCAGCCCGGUUGCCGGAGGCAAUGGAAGAGCUCACGAAUAUCCUUAGAGACCCCAACAUGGUCGAUGUACCUUUCUUGGUGCUGGCCAACAAGCAGGAUGUAUCUGAUGCUCUUCCACUGCUGGAGAUUAGGAACAGGCUGGGGCUGGAGAGAUUCCAGGAUCACUGCUGGGAGCUUCUGGCCUGCAGUGCCAUCACUGGCCAGGGGCUGCCCGAGGCUCUGAAGAGCCUGCGGAGCCUGCAGAAAAGCCACAACCACGGCUGUCUCCACCUGAGAGCCCACAGGGGAGGGAGGGCAAGAAAUCCUGACCAGGACUGAUAAGUUUAUCUCUGCCCAUGUGAACCCAAAGGCCUGGCUAAUCCUUGAGAAAAUUCAACUCAGGUUAACAAACAAAAACACCUUUCUGUUUUAGGCAAGGUAUUUUCUUCUUGGGUUUUAUUCUUAGUAGUGUUUAUGCUGGAAAUCAAAUAGUCUUUGAAUAAUAAUAUUCUAAGAAAAAAAACUUAAAGCACUUAAUCACCACCAAGUAUAAAUGGAGCAAUAAAAGUUACAUACGCAGUAAAUUGAAACCUAAGUUCACAAAGGCAAAGAAGUUUCAGAAUCAGUUUUGAGUGUCCUCUGGACGUGCUCACAGUCACGUCACUGUGAAUGGUUUUCCCUGGUGGCUUCUGGAAAUGUGCAGGGGCUGGCAUAAUCAGGCUGACAGGAGGGGGAACAGGUCUUCUCCCACAUAAUCUACAGUUGAGAGGGUCCCUGGGAUGCUGGGUCCUGGCCAAGGAUGCUGGGAGUUAAGACUUCUCAAAGUUCACCCUCCUCUCUAACCCUGACUACUUUCCCAGCCUUUCUCAUUCUCGCUGGUCUCCCCCACCGGCUUCAUUUAGUUGCUUCUUUUCCUUCUCUUUUCUCUUAUGGCACAUAUCUUUCCUUAAGGAGCUUUUGGUUAUUUCAUUCAUUUAAUCACCAUCAAAAAGCAUGUAGAAUGCUUAAUUUGUGGCCAAAGGCACCAAAUAUUUAGAUGUGGACUUGGUGUUUUGUACAAGUUGUGAAUUCUCAGGCCAGGGAUUUAGUUCAGCAGCACGAGUACCUGCUUGGCAAGCGUGAGGUCAUGAGUCUGAGCCCCUGCUCAAAACAAAACAAAAAAAAGGCUGUGAACUUUGAAGAUAAGGAUGACAACAAGACUCUCUCCAUGAUUAUUCAUAGUAAAUUGGACAGUGGAACACAGACAGUAUCCUUAGAAGGGUUUUCAGGUGAUUGUUAUUGAGGAUCUGUGUGAAGAUUCUGCACUAUGUGCAAAACAUUAUGCUUUGGCCCUUUUCCCAAAGAAGGCGGCUUUCAAAGAUACCUGGGACCCCCUCAAAUUAAGAAUCACGGAUCUAAUCUUACCCCUCUCAUCCAACCUGGGAACACUUUAUGCAAUAUGAGUAAUUUUUUAAUGGCAAAGGGUUUAUGUUUGACACCUGUUCUCAAUGAUACAGCACUAAAAGUUAGUCCUUUCUCUCCUGAAAUAAAAUCAGUCUCUGUGUAGCUGCUGCUCAUGGCUCUGUCCUCCUGGAGUAACAGAAUACAAAUUGGCCCUGGUGCUCUCCUAACUGCAGACCUGCCAGCUCCCCCUCCCCCCAGCAGUUUUGCGUGACUGAUUCUUGCUGACUCUUAUCAGUCACCGUGUUUCAAGUCUUCCUGUGCUAGACACUGCUGAUGCAAAGAUGAAUGAGCAGGGGCCUCGUGUUAGAGAAGCCAAGGACUGGGGCUGGGUUCUGUGCUCAGGCUUAGACCAGCCCCACUUCUCACAACUCUGCAAAGCAGGUAUAUUCUCAUUUUAUAUAAUUAGAAACAGAGGCUUAGCGAGCUCAUGAUUUCUCGCUGCUUAAGGCACAGAGCUAUUAGGUGACAUAACUGGAAUUGGAAACAAGCUGUGUCUAGCCCUGAUGCAUGUGUUCUUCUGUGACAUCAUGUCUUUAGAAGGCUUAAGCGAGGCUGGACCUUCAGUUGGCAGGCGUGCUGGAGGAGCAUCCUAGUCAGAGGGGAAAGACUGCUGGGAAGCCCUGGGGCGGGUGUGGGGAGGACUACUAAACUGCUGUGCCAGGAGUAGGAGGCUGGGUGAGGGCCGGGAAAGGGCAAUGUAACCGGAAAAGGAGGUUUAGGUCACGUUGGGGAUGGCUGCUCUGACUACAGAAGUUUGGUUCAGGGAUAUGAAAUCAUGGAGUUUACCAGCAUGGGAGGAAGAACAGAGGAGGAGGGCACUCUCGGGACAAGAAGGCUGGAACAGCAGGGGCUGAGCUGCAUAGAGAGGAGAGGGAAAGAGGAAGAGAUGAUAAAACUGAGUUCCUGACAGUAACUCAGGGAAGAAGUCCAGAGAGAAAGACCUUGAAGAUGACUUAGAAUUUCGAGCCUGUAUGACAGGAGGAACCAGAUGCCAUCAAUGAGAAGAAAAAGCUAGGCGGAGGCUGAGCCAUCGGGUUCGAUGUUUGAGAUGCUAGAUCUGAAUUCAGUUACAGGUUCUUUCAGGUCAUUCUGUAUCUGCAGUCCUUGAGAUGCCAAGUACCUGGUCUAGGUCUCUGCUGGCUCCGGUUCGGGAAGGUUUGCUUCCUCACACAAAGUCACUUCUUAUGAGCUCAUCGUCAGUAGGAUCUGUUUUUCUUAUGACUUCUUAAGUUGUGAUAUUGAUUCUAAAGAAUUGUCUGUUUUGGGGCUGGGGAUUUAGCUCAGCAGCAUAAGUGCCUGCCUUGCAAGCAGGCAGUCGUGAGUUCGAUCCCUGGUACUGAUAAAAACGAAAAAGACAAAAAAAAAAAAAAAAAGAAUUGUCUGUUUCUUUUUCCUUUCAUUUCUUUCUUUCUUUUUUUUUCUUUCUCCCCUCCCUUACUUUUUUCUUUCUUUUUCUUUCUUCUUUUUUCCUUCUUGCAGUCCUAGAGAUUAAACCCAUUUUGCAUUAAACCAAAAAACAACUGAGAUCCCAGAGACUUCAAUUGUUUUAGACUAAUUUUUUUUUUUUUUGUACCAGGGAUCGAACUCACAACCUCACACUUGCAAAGCAGGUGCUUAUGCUGCUGAGCUAAAUUCCCAGCCCUAGACUGGAUAUUAUAUUGUUUCCCUUCUUGGGCUCCUGAACUUCACAGGCAGUAUAAAUCUGGUCUUUGGAGCAGGAGACAGAACACUUUCCUAGAAUGCACAGUGUCCUGGGUUGGAUCCCUAGGCCCCCCAAAAUGGAAAAAAAGAAAAAGAAA